CGCAGAGUAACGCACAGUAGCAGCAGCAGCAGCAGCAGCUCGCGCCGCUGUCAUUCAGGUAAGAGAAGCAAACAGGACGCAGCUGCAGCGCCGCAGUUCACGGUCAAACCCCGAACGGACACACUUUGUUUUGCGUCUCUCUUCCCUCCUCCCUCCCGACUCCUCCACACUGAAGCCGCAGCCUGUUGCACACACAGGUUGCACUGAGUUCACAGUGUGUCGCGCUGGGAGCAUGGCUGCCAUCAAGGCUUUGGAGCAGUGGUGUAGGCUGCAGUGUGAUGGGUAUCGAGAUGUGGCCAUCACCAACAUGACGACCUCUUUCAGGAACGGAUUGGCUUUCUGUGCGCUUUUACACAAGUACAGACCGGACCUGAUAGACUAUGACUCACUCAGGGAGGAGGAUGUGUUUGAGAACAACAGACUGGCUUUUCAGGUUGCAGAGGAGAAGUUGGGGAUUCCAGCUCUGUUGGAUGCAGAAGACAUGGUGGCUUUAAGGAUCCCAGACAGGCUGAGCAUUCUUACCUACGUCUCCCAGUACUACAACUACUUCAAAGGGCGGCCUGACAUGGGAGGUGUAAAAAGGCCAGCAGAGGGCUCCAAGGAGGAGCCAUCAGAGAAGAAGAAUCUCCCAGUGGUUGCCAAAACCUUUGUGUCUAAAACCGCCAUUGAGAAUCGUUUACCUUCCGCUCUCACUGCUCAGACCUCCCCCAAGUUGGCCAGAGCUGCUGUUCAGAAGGUGGUUCUGGCAGAAAAUGCCAACAAAAAUGGGACUCUCAACAGCAAAUGUGCUGGAUGCAAGAGCCAUGUCCAUCUGGUGCAGAGGCACUUUGUGGACGGAAAGCUCUAUCACAGAAGCUGUUUCAAAUGCAGUGAAUGCUCCAGCGUACUUCAUUCAGGAGACUACAAACCUGGGAAGAAUCCAGACACUUUCAUCUGCAACGCCCACCAGAACGGUUGCAAACCUUCCUCCUCGGAGAUCGGGAUCAAAAACAGACCCGCCAGUUCAGCUGGGCGAGUAAAUGGUGCCAGCCAGAACCAGCCUGCACCACGCCCCUCCUCGGUGCUGUCAGCCCCACUGAAUAUUGUCCUGAAGCCAGUCAGUCCUACUCCACAUACCCAGUCCUGGACAGCCUCAGCCCAGAGGACGCAGACGGCCCGGCAGAGGUUCUUCCAGGCUGCAGCACCAGUCUCAGAGGCCUCAACAGGUAACAGGAAGCCCACAGAGCCUUCGAAUGUUUCAGGAAGGCCGAAGGUCCCGCUGAGUCCGGAUGAUGAGAAGAACAGAACCAGGACAACCAUCGGAAAGAAGCUGGCAGAGGAAAACUGCAACAAUAACAACAAACGCCCGUUCACCAUCCGUUCAGCAGAGAGACGGUUUGGAGAUGAGCCAAGUUCAGCUGACGGCUCCGGUUUGAGAAAAGAUAAACGCAGCCAAGGCCCAGCAGGAAACUGGCCAGGACAGCCCCCCACCAGCCAGACAAACAAUAAGGAACCGCCAUGUCUGAAGGCCAUCAACAAAGACAACACAAGGCCAACAACUGUACACACAACCGCCAAAGAUCCAGUCUGGGGGCAGUUGAAGCUCAAACCUGUGAAAUUCGAGCUAGCUUUAAAAGAUGCUGAAGCCUUUACUGAGCAACAUAAGCCUGGAUUUAUGUCCACGGCUUCCUCUAAUGUCCCCAGCAGCACAACAAGGCCUCCCUCCGCUCCAACACCUGCAGUACCUCCACUUAGUUUUGCUCAGUUUGAUCCAGCACACUUUGGGGAAGCGUUUCCCUGCAAACCUCAGCUUGGUUCUGAAAACCUUGCUUUUAAACAUGAGACUCACUCGACUGUGAAAUCCCCACCCAGACGACCAGCUGUGGAAUCUAUUAGCUCUUCAACGACUGCCGCAGCCAAUCACAGAAAUCCACCAGGUGCUAAAAAGGGAAAGUAUUUGUCACCCACCAACGCCUCCAGGACUGAAAUGAGGUCAACCUCUGUGAAGCCUUAUCAUAUUCCAGUGGAGCAGAUUGAGAGGGACCUGGAUGAUAUUGAGACAAACUUGGCUCAGUUGGAGAAGGAGGGUGUGGAGCUGGAAAAGAAACUCCGCAGCUGUGAGGAAGAGGGCGACGGAGACGUAUUGAUGGACCCGCUGAUGGUCGACUGGUUCCACCUGAUUCGAAAGAAGCAGAUGUACGUCAGGAACGAGUCCGAGCUCGUGUACAUAGCCAGGACUCAGGAGCUGGAGCAGCAGCAGCCAGGUGUGGAGGGGGAACUUCGCAGGCUGCUGGAGAAGCCAGAUCAUUUAAAGUCCAGAGAGGAGCGGCAGCGGGAGAAGAAGUUGAUGCAGAGACUGGUGGAGAUUGUGGACGGCAGAAAUGCAAUAGUGGAGGGUCUGGAUGAAGACAGGCUGAGGGAAGUGGAGGAGGAUCAGCAGUUGGAUGAAAUGAUGCAAAACCUUGGAGUUAAGAAAGCCAAACACAAGAGGAAAUCCUCCAUCUCAAAACUGUUCAGACGAAGAAGUAAAAGACGAGUGCAAUGAACUCACGGCAACUUAUUUUAUUGUUGUAUUGUAUUAUUAUUAUCACCCUUUUUUAAAUGUUUUAAGGUUUUUAUAUUCCAGUUUAUUACAAGGCACAUGAAGAGAUGUUAAAUCAGGACGCAGAGGGGAUCAAAUCAUGUUUGUUGUUUCAAAAUAUUUCUAAUUAUAAGGUUCAGGUAAAAUAUUUAUAUUUAAUAUUCACUUUUUGUGGUUCUUUGUUUGCUGAAUUUCUAAAUAGCUUAUGAUCCAGUCUUUUUUCCCUCCCACAUUGGGUGUCCUUAUUUUUUCACAAUUGUUUUUCACAGUUUUUUCACAAAAGAAAAUGGUGUUUAAUUACGUGGCAGCUGCGAGCGUUCUCCUUUUAUUGAUUAGACUUCAGUCGAGGAGGCGUCUCGAGAAGAAAUGCCUUGUUAUGAUAAGAUUCUGUAUAUUUAUUGAAUGAUCGGAAUGAAGUAUGUAAUAUAUAAUAAUUUGUUGCAAAUCGACUUGCACUGGGUCAAACAAAUUGGAUGUUGGGUGUUAAAAACACAUUACACAGGGAACACUGGCUGCUCCACGUGCACACGGGGACGAGGAUAAACGUGCAUCUUCCACUGUUUUGAUUCCAAAAUGAAAUAAUUUCAGUAUUUUAUUUAAUAAUGGGUUUCUAAACAAAUUUCCUGUAAGGAUAUUAGCAGGAGAAGUUGUCCGGUUGAAUGUUGUCUGGAGUGUAACAACGCAGAGCCACACAUGUUGAGCUGCCUUGUUGCAGACUUCCCUCUCUCACUCUGUACUGUAGGUGGCAGCCUGGGUAUGCUGUAUCACCAGGCAGGAACUUGGAAAUCCAAUUUGCCACAGUACGGACAGUUAAUUUCUUUGCUAAUUUUAUAAAUGCUGCAGAAAUGUUCAGCUGUGCUGAUGCAAUAAUGUUAUGUGAAAGAGGAUUAGGUAGAGCAGUAGCUUAUGGCCGGGGAAGGCUUAUAAACUAUAGGUUGUAUUGAGCUUUUUAUCUUCAAACCGGGUUUAAUUAAACAUUACUCUUUACUAAUAUCUGCAUCAGAAAUGCUCCGUACCUGAGCUGUUCCAACGUCGUGUGCAGUCGCUCAUGUGUGGAAAUGGCAUUCGCAGUGUUUGUAAGGAAUGUACUGUAACGUUGCAUUUUAAGUGUUCCUGAAUGUACUUGUACUCCCUAUUUAUAAUAUUAUUAUUUUUUUUUAAAACUUGAAAUCUGUAGUCCAAUAAAUCCUUUGAAGAUUAGUGUG